AUGGGGCGGCGCAAGACGAAGGACAUCGAUGCGCUAGUCGCGCGAAUGAGCACGAUGAGCAUCGAGAAUAUCUCCAAUAUUGCGUCGAUCACGGAGGAUCUGGAUCGCAAGCCGUUUCGCUUCUUCGACCUGCCGUACGAGCUUCGUCUGCGCGUCUACGAGCUGCUGCUCAUCUUUCCAAAAACGAUGGACCUUGAUCCCACGAACCACCGCACCGUAGCGCCGUCUCUCCGAAUGUUCUACGCAUGCCACCGCAUGCACGACGAAGCCUCGCGCGUCUUCUACGGCCGCAAUACGUUCCGCCUUUUCCCCAUACAUGGGCGCUACAUCAACGCGAAAUACCCGCUCUUCGCGCGAAUGCCUCGCAAGUACCGCGCGCUCAUAACACGGCUAGAACUGCGGCUCGGUCCAGGCUUCACGUCUCCGCCGAAAGGAUGGGUUGUGGACAGCCGACUGGGGCUCACAGCUGUGACAAAGGCAUACAAGCUCAAGAUCUUUGUUGAGGUCGAUCCAGCGUCGAGCGAGAUCUUUGAAGGUUUCAGAACAGGCGAGAAGACCUUCUAUACCGAGUACUGCGUAGGGCUGCUGAGGGCCUUGUUUAUGCAGAUCCCCUCGGUAGGUGAGGUUGAGUUCGAUGCGUAUCCGAGUGUGAGUAAGAGCAGUCCACUGCUGAAGGGGCUGUUGGACGAGGCGAAGCUCAACCAGAAGAGGGUUGCAUGGGGCCCAGAGAGAGGGUGGGAUAAGAUCGUGGAUAGGGAUUUGGUGGGUAUACUGGAGAAGAUGGGCCUGGGAGGUCUUUGGGCUUAG